AUGGCUUCCAAUGGUGCAAAACAGCCCUUGCUGUCUGGAUUGGUGGAUUCCACCUCUCAAAGAACUGACAAAUGUCCUCCCAACAGAAGAAGGUUUCGCCGUGUUAAAAGUGCUCCUCUAGCAGAGUUUGUUCCUUCAGAUAUUAGUGGAAAUGGACCAAUUCCACGAUAUGAAUCCUUUUUUGGGGGACUUCACCAGAGCCUGAAGAAAGUAGCUGUAUUCUUGGCUAUCUACUUAGGUCUUGGCACUACAUGCUUUUAUGCUGUCAGGGAUGAUAUCAAAGGGAAGAAAUCAAAUCCAAUUCUUGAUUCUUUAUAUUUUUGUAUGGUGACAAUGACCACUGUAGGAUAUGGAGACCUGGUGCCUGAUAGUGCCGCUGCGAAGUUACUUGCCUGUGUUUUUGUAUUCACAGGAAUGGCUCUUGUUGGAUUGAUACUGAGCAAAGCAGCAGACUAUUUGGUAGAGAAGCAGGAAAUAUUACUGAUAAAAGCUCUACACAUGCAUCAAAAACUUGGUCCAGCUGCAUUUCUAAAGGAAAUUGAAACCAACAAAGUCAAAUACAAAUGCUAUUUGGCCGUAGUUAUUCUUUCCGUGCUUAUGCUGGUCGGAACCAUUUUCCUAUAUAUGAUUGAGGAUUUGGACGGCAUUGAUGCUUUCUACUGUAUCUGUUCUACCAUUACAACUCUAGGUUAUGGAGACAAGAGCUUCUCAACUGGAUAUGGCCGCAUGUUUGCUGUAUUUUGGAUACCGAUGGGUACUAUUGGUUUAGGCCAGUUAUUGCUUUACAUUGCUGAGCUAUUCACUGAAAGCAGACAGAAGGCACUGGUGAACUGGGUUCUUACCAGAAGGAUGACCAAUUUAGAUUUGGAGGCAGCAGACAUGGAUGACGAUGGUGUUGUUGGGGCUGCUGAGUUCAUCAUAUAUAAGCUUAAAGAAAUGGGCAAGAUCAGCCAAGAAGAUAUUGCGCUAGUAAUGAAGGAGUUUGAGGAUCUUGAUGUUGAUCAAUCUGGAACCUUGUCAGCUUCUGAUAUCGUGCUUGCACAGACAGCUCCGAUAAACAAGUGA